GCCUCGCGGUAGCGUCCUCAGAGCAUCCAGACAUGUCCGAGGUGAAGAGCAGGAAGAAGCCGGGGCCCAAGGGAGCCCCUGCAGAGCCCGUGAAGCGGAGCGAGGGCAGGAAGAGCCCCGAGGUCCGCGGCGGCUGGGCGGACCCGAGGACCGGCCUGAGCCUGCUGUCGCUGGGGACGUGCCUGGGCCUGGCCUGGUUUGUAUUUCAACAGUCAGAAAAAUUUGCAGAGGUAGAAAACCAAUACCAGUUACUGAAAAUGGAAAGCAAGGAGUUCCAAGGACUUCAAAGUGAAAUCAGUUUAAUUUCAGAAAAGCUUGAGUCUACUGAAAGUAUUCUGCAGGAAGCUACAUCAUCCAUGUCUUUGAUGACCCAGUUUGAACAGGAAGUAUCCAGUCUUCAAAGAUUCAUGCAUGACAUUCAAAAUAGUGAAGAGAUGCUCACUCAAAAGAUGCAAAAGCUUAAUGAGAAAUUCCAAAAUAUUACAGAUUUCUGGAAGAGAAGCCUAGCAGAAAUGAAUGAUAAUACAGACAUUUUCAAAUCAGAAGCAAAACAAAUACAUUCUCAAGUUACUGUCCAAAUUAACUCAGCUGAGCAAGAAAUAAAGUUACUCACUGAACGGCUAAAAGAUUUGGAAGAUAGCACACUACGAAAUAUUAGAACAGUCGAAAGACAACAAGAAGAAGAUCUGCGAGUUGAAGAGCAGCUUAGCUCUGAUACAAAAACAGUUGAGAAGUUAGAAGAGGAACAGCAUGCUCUCCUUGCCAGAGACGAAGAUCUGACUCAUAAACUUUCCAGCUAUGAACCCAGAGUUGAAGAAUGCAAGACACAUUUGCCAACAAUUAAAAGUGCUGUUCUCUCUGUUUUCAGAGUCUCUUAGGGUCUGAUAGGAAUAGAAAAGAAAAUGGAAGACCUCACUAUGCAGAUGUUUAAUAUGGAAGAUAAUAUGCUGAAAGCUGUAUCUGAAAUAAUGGAGAUGCAGAAAACCCUUGAAGGAAUUCAGUAUGAUAAUAGCCUAUUAAAGAUGCAAAAUGAACUGAAUGUUCUAAAAGGAAAAGUUCAUGAUUUUAUAGCAUAUUCCAGUACAAAAGAAAAGGGAACUUUAAAAGAAUAUAAGCUAGAAAAUAAAGGAAUU